CGAUGAAACACCGGGUUUCCAUCUUCCAAAUCAAGACCGUCUGAAGCAAAACAUCGCAAUAAUACCUCCGCACCCCUUUCUCCCUUCCUCCGGAGCUCUUUGGAUUUGGAGGCAGGCAUUUUUCAUUUCCUGCAUAUUUCUGCUGCUUAGAAAAUUAAGCAUUUGGUAAUGCAUUUGAAUGUUGAGUCUUCCUGGAUUUCCCGUCAUUUUAACUACACAAUGCCAAAACUUUCUUUCAACUCGUGUGUGAGUUGUGUGUUUGGUCUGGUUCGUGGGAUAUAAGCAGAGCAAUGAGUAAACAUCAACUGGAACUUGGGAGGCCUGCUUCAGGUAAAAGAAGACUAAAAGAUUUAUUGCUUCAAAAAGAUAAUCGCUUUUGUGCUGAUUGUGCUGCCCCAGAUCCUAAAUGGGCGUCAGCAAAUAUUGGAGUUUUUAUAUGCUUGAAAUGCUGUGGUGUACACAGGAGCCUUGGUACCCAUAUAUCUAAGGUUUUGUCUGUGACAUUGGAUGAUUGGUCUGGUGAUGAAAUUGAUGCCAUGGUUGAAGUUGGAGGAAAUUCUUCUGCUAAUGCAAUAUAUGAGGCUUUUAUACCUGAAGAAUAUGCAAAGCCUGGACCAGAUGCCAGUCAUGAUGAGCGUGCACAAUUCAUCCGGGCUAAGUAUGAGCUUCAAGAGUUUUUGAAACCUAGCCUGCGGAUUGUGUCACUUCAGUCUGGAAAAAGUUCUCUUCAGUCAAGUUCUUCUAGAAAGACUGUGGACAGUUUUCAAUCAACUUCUUCUCACCAUUUGGCAGGCAUGGUAGAAUUUAUUGGACUAUUGAAGGUCAAAGUUAUAAAAGGUACAAAUUUAGCUAUCAGAGAUAUGAUGUCAAGUGAUCCAUAUGUAGUCUUGACUCUUGGGCAGCAGACUGUUCGGACGACUACAAUCAAGAGCAACUUGAAUCCAGUCUGGAAUGAGCAACUAAUGCUGUCUGUUCCUCAUCAUUAUGGGCCCUUGAAGUUGCAAGUAUUUGAUCACGACACAUUUUCAGCUGAUGAUAUUAUGGGAGAAGCAGAGGUUGAUCUCCAGCCCUUGAUAACAUCUGCAAUGCCAUUUGGAGAUGCAGGGAUGUUUGGAAACAUUCAGAUUGGGAAAUGGCUGAAAUCGCAUGACAAUGCCCUGGUAAUUGAUAGCACUGUUAAUAUUGUUGAUGGCAGGGUGAAACAGGAGGUGUCCCUCAAACUCCAGAAUGUGGAAUCUGGAGAACUAGAUCUAGAAUUAGAGUGGGUGCCACUUGACCAAUAGAUACAUAUUUUUCUUGUUUCCUUCCCAUUGCUUCUAAUAAAAACUUAUAACAUUGAUUUACUCAUAUGGAGUGGUUCAAUACACUUGGUUUCUUCACUUGUAUUUGUUAAUUUUUUCUGCUUUCAAAACCAAGGAUUAAUACACUUAUUUCUCUC